CUGUAAAAACAUUGUCAAUUCAAGAAACGUGAACAGAUUGGAUAUUGAUGAGCAUGGUUUGAAGGUUUCGAAGAUAUAAACUGACUGUGUAUUCGAUUGAUUACAGCAAAUAAGAAACAUUUAUAGAUGAAUGAAUAUUCGUCGAUAAUUUGAAAAAAAACUUCUGAAAUGUAUAACAAGAUCACAGCUUUAUGUGUGGUAUUAAUAAUCCUGGUAACAGAGAGCAACCUAUGUAGCAUCGAUAUUUGUUUUAAUUGGAAAAUUACUACCAAUGCACUUAUUCUAAAGUGUAAAGUACCAUCCGUGAUUCAUCGAUUAAUGAUAAUUAAUCAGUUUGAUAAAAUUCUAGCCGAUUGUGUCCCACCACCGACCACGGCUCAAAACUGCGCAAGUGAUUUCAAGAACGGAAGUAUAAGAUAUGAUGCCAUGAGUAAUGAAACAAUAUUUACUAUGACGGGGACAAUCAAUCACCACCUAAAUGGAAACUGGACAUGCCGCCAUGGAACAAGUUUAGAUAUAGCUCAAGUUGAAGUCACAGUCAUAAUAGCACCCAUGUCACAAGAAAAAUUAAAAGAAUUGAAUCAAGGAGACUUAGUCAAUAACAAAACAAGAAAAGGCACACAAAUAAAGUCUUGUGAUAGAGGAUGCAUCACGCUUCUGUUUAGUUGGACAUUUGGUAGUUUUAUUCUCUCACUGGUGAUUUGUCUGACAUUAUAUUCAGUUAUAAAUUUCAGAGAUCAAUCAUUAGCAGAGGUGGUUGCAUCACAGACAUACAGGAUACUCAAUUGCAUUACUGCAAAAUGUACAUGUGGCUUUACAUGUAUUCAGCGUAAAAAACCAAGGUCAAUUUUUGUUCUGCAGAAUAUCUUGAUUGUAAUACUUGUUUCGAUAGUUUUCAUCCUAGCGGGUAUUGUUGGACAUCUGACAGAGAACGAUUGUACGAUACAAACAGUGCCAACCGUGGUAUUAACAGUGGUAUUCACAGUGCUUGGUAUUGCCGGUGGUUUUUUUAGCAGCCUUCUUAUUAAUAAAAACGAAGGUACACAAAACCAGAUAUCAACCGUGUCAGAAAAUAAUCAGCCACCAGGAGCAAAUGUUGAUGUUGACAUAGAAAACACAGGUAUACGAGAACAGGUACAAACCAGGUCAGAAGAUAAUCAGCAACAAAUAGCAAUUGUCGAAGCAGAACAAAACGACCCUGUACAAGAAUCAGCAGUACUUUUACAACUUGAAACGAGUUAACUGAAUAGUAAAGUUUUGAUUCUUGGCUUGAAAGAAGAUAAUAUAAUUGGUCACACAAGUCUAAUGAGGAUAAAAUGACUGACGAAACGUUAAAGUGUAUGGGUAUUUUGCAUAUUUAUCGAUAAACUGGUUUUGUUUCCACUAGAGAAAAAUUGACAUUUUAUUACUCAAAAACUGAAUGAUCAAAGUUUUGUGGAAGUAAUUAUAUAACAUAACAUUUAGACAAUAUUUAAAAAAAAAAGAAUAUAUAUGUAACUGUAGAAUAUGGCAAUAAAUAUAUAUUAUAAUUUUCUCAUAAUAACUCAUGACUACAAUUAUAUUAUUGAAAAUGUUAAUAAAUAAAAUAGGAUACAAUAUAUAAAUGUUUGCUUGAUUUCUGUUUGGUCAUUUUCCGUUUGAAUGUUGUUUUCACGUGUGACAGUGCCAAACAAUACAUAUGCCCUCGAAUAGGAAAUGAAUGAGAAGGAAAAAAAUACAUUCCUGGAUGGAAGAUUAUAGAACAUAUAAAGCUACUUCAAUUAUGAUUGUAUAUAGACAAUCCCCUGCUGUUGGUGUAGUUUACAUUUGAUUUUUACAUGCUCUGCACAUUUUAAAACAUGCAGAUA